CCGCAGUCGCACCGACCGUGCGCGAAGCUUCCCAUUCGGACGAACGACGACGACGACCCGGGAACUUCGUUCCCUCCUUCGCGCAUCUUGUUUAUGUUCCUCGUCGUCGAGCAGCCGUCGACGAAGGAAGCAGACGCCCCGUCGAAGGUCCUUCAGACCGUUUCGCUCCGCUCCUGCGUGCUCCGUGUUUCUCUCGGUCCUCUCUGAGGAGGAGUAACCGAAGAUGGUGAGGAGAUCGAGAUUCGGGACGGUGGCGGCGGUGGUGAUCCUCCUCUGCCUCCUCGUCUCUCAGCCCUCAGACGCGAAACGGAGAGGGAAAGGGAAGAAGAACCAGCAGCAACCGGAAGAGAAGCCGAGGCUCGAGGUCGAGAAUGAUUCUCCGCAGAUCGUCCAGGAACUCCCGUCGUCGGAGGGCGUCGGGGAGGAACCCAAAGAGCAAGAGACGGAAUCGGGCGACGAGGACUCGAACGGCAUCCGGGGCCGAACGAACGACUGCAUUCCGGGAAACAAGUCCAUCACGAGCUUAGUGAUUCUUCGAAUUCGUGGGGUCGCUCGAUGA